CACAUUACUCCAUUUUAGAGUAAUUCUAAACCCUUAUUCAGAUUCUCAAGAAAGUAAUAUUUACGGGAAACAAUUUGCUCCACCAUUUCUCUCACCCACGCAUCUCACCCAUCUCUCUCUCUUGUCCAGACCCAGCCUCUCUCUCGUCCAGACCCAGCACCGCUUCCGUCGAGGACGCCGCCGCCGCCUUCCGAUCCACCACGCCGUUGCCGGAAUUUCCUCUGCCGCCACCACCAGAGAAUAAAUCGGGGGAAUGGGUGAUAACAAUUCUCCUCCUGGGUCUGUUAAAGAAAACCCAGAUCAUGAUUCUGAUCGAAAACCGGUUUCCAAAGAGGAUAGCUCACUAGAAACUAUAGUCCGUAGGUUUCAAGAUUCAAUGUCUGUUAGCAAACGACACGCAUUUUGGGAGACCCAACCAGUUGGGCAAUUUAAGGAUGUUGGUGAUUCUAGUUUGCGGGAGGGUCCCAUUGAGCCUCCCACACCAUUAUCUGAAGUCAAGCCUGAGCCUUACAACCUUCCCAGCCCUUAUGAAUGGGCAACUUGUGACAUGGAAUCUGAAGAGACUUGCAAUGAGGUUUACACACUUUUGAUGAACAAUUAUGUUGAGGAUGAUGAGAACAUGUUUAGGUUCAACUAUUCCAAGGAGUUCCUUAGUUGGGCUUUGCGCCCUCCAGGUUACUUCAAGAGCUGGCACAUUGGUGUUCGUGCUAAGGUGUCGAAGAAGCUGGUCGCUUUUAUUACUGGAAUCCCUGCUAGAAUUCGGGUUCGGGAUGAGGUUGUGAAGAUGGCUGAGAUCAACUUUCUGUGUGUUCAUAAGAAGCUCAGGUCGAAGAGGCUUGCACCGGUGAUGAUCAAGGAGGUCACUAGGAGGGUUCACUUGGAGAAUAUAUGGCAGGCGGCUUACACUGCUGGAGUGGUUCUUCCGACUCCUAUAACGACUUGCCAGUACUGGCAUAGGUCUCUCAACCCGAAGAAGCUCAUUGAUGUUGGGUUCUCGAGGCUUGGUGCGAGGAUGACAAUGAGCCGAACUGUGAAACUGUAUAAGUUGCCAGAUUCACCGGUGACUCCUGGAUUUAGAAAGAUGGAGCUUCGUGAUGUUCCUGCUGUUACUCGGUUGCUCAGGAACUACUUGAGCCAGUUUGUUGUUGCGCCUGAUUUUGACGAGGAUGAUGUGCAGCAUUGGCUUCUGCCUUUCGAGAGCGUAGUGGAUAGUUAUCUGGUUGAGAGCCCAGAAACUCAUGAGAUCACUGACUUCUGCAGCUUCUACACUCUUCCUUCGUCGAUCCUUGGCAAUCAAACUUACUCAACUCUGAAAGCCGCUUACUCAUAUUACAAUGUGGCCACUAAGACUCCAUUACUUCAGCUGAUGAAUGAUGCUCUCAUUGUGGCAAAACAGAAGGAUUUCGAUGUUUUCAACGCAUUGGAUGUUAUGGAGAACGAGUCCUUCCUGAAAGAGCUGAAAUUUGGACCGGGCGAUGGACAGCUUCACUACUAUCUUUACAACUAUCGGAUAAGGAACGAGUUGAAACCGUCGGAGCUCGGGCUGGUACUGUUGUAGUUUGGCAUAAGUUUUUGGUUUUAGCUUUGCACUCCAAACUGAAACAAACUGUCUGUUUUAUCGUCAUUAUUAUUAGCAUUCUUGUCUUGUUUUCUUUUGCAACAACACCAAAGGAUGAGAUUUUGUUAUGCAUGUUAGAGAGACAAUGUGUUGAGACGACACUUUUAUUCCAGGCAAUAACGCCUUGUUUUCUUUGCUGUGCAUAUUGGAUCCGUGAAUAUUUAUUCUGAGGAAGAUGAACGGCGAUCAGUUAUCUGUUGGAAUUAUGCAUAGAUUUUGAUCUUACGUGAU